AUGGCGCAACUACAGAGUGAGAGUCUCAGAAAGAUACGCGAGCAUUUCGAAGAAGCUCGGGGUCUGCAGGACGAUGUCGUCGACUUCGACGCGUCCAGCACUGAGGCGCGUCUGGAGCAGACAGUGAAAGAGCUGCAGGCACGCGUGAAAGAACAACAAGCAGCGCUUGACAAGUUGCGAUCUCAGUCACAUGUUGAUAUAGAGACAGCCGCCUAUGCAUCGGAAGAUCCGCGUCAGAAGCUUCAGCAGCUCGCAGCCGUCAAAGACGCGUAUAAACAGUUGAAGCCAACAGCAACGUACCUCCCCACCCAAGGAUCAGUUCUGCCUGCAUUGUUAGCAGCACGCACACUUCAACAGAAUGUCCAAGGGACCAAGGAAGCCAUCACAAGCACUCAGAGCCAACUCAGCACAAAAGAGGCCACGCUUCGUCGUGAAGAAGCCAACUUACACGAUGCCCACCUUCUUACUCAGGCAAUGCAGGAUCGCAUCAGACGGCUACGCUCUCAGCAUGAAGAUCGCUCUCAGAAGACUCCUGCUCAACUUGCACGAGAACUCAUCGCAGCAAAGCGCGCAAAGAAGGAGAACUACGACGCGGAGAUGCAGCGUCUGGGAGAAGCUAUGAACAACUUCAUCAAUGACUACCUCUCUAGCAUGCUUGCAGCAGAAGAGCUCGGCGGCCCUGUCGUAGGCGACAUGCUCGACAUAGAAGACGACACUCUUGCUGCCGGUUUCACAAAGAAAGGACGCGCAAAGUCAUCGAAGAAACCAGUCUCAGACAAGACGCGACAGCGCAGGAUCGAUGAGAUCUGGGGCAAAAAGGCUUCUCUCGAUGCUGAAGAGGAGGAGGAAGAGCCGCCUACUGAGGCUGAAGCUGCGGAUGCAGAGAUGCGACAGUUGAUUGAGAAUCUGUUUGCUACUCUGAUGGGACCAGGAGGUGGAAAGGCAUACUUUCAACUGGAGCGGGACUCUGCGGCUUCACGUUUCUUGAUCAGGGCGAAGAUUGCGCAGUUUCACCCGAAAGAUGCGAGGAGGUUGAGAUUGAUUGACUUUGGACGAGAGCUGGAUGACUGA